AUCGGCAUCGCCAUCGUCGCCGUGCGAUAAGUACCCAGCGCCCAGUGGCCUCGGCUCCUGCGUGUUCAGUCGUCGCGGCGUCCACGAAGGGAAGAUGAACUGCCCCUCCUCCGCUUCCUCCUGCUGCGGUGUUUCUCCUCCGGUUCUCGCCAAUCCCCGGGGGGAAUUCGCUGCUAGCUGCUCCACAAGAACAAGUCAGAAGGUGCAUUUCCUCGGUUCAAGACAAUUCCCUCGGGUCAUCUACAACCCAGCAAACCGUGCAUCCUUGCGUUUGUCACGGAGAGAGGUAAUUGCUUUUGCCGGGAAGCAAUCUUGGGAUAUCGGCAGGUUUGCCAAGACUUUGUUUUUCUUCAACGGGCCUCCAAACCCUCUCAAGGUUGUCGAGUCCAUACUGAGCAGUCUCACAGCCUCUGCUCCUACCGAGGCUCCAAAGAAAAUGGAAACAUCUGAUGUGGUACUUGUCACUGGAGCUACCGGUGGUGUUGGACGAAGAGUUGUCGAUGUCCUACGGAAGAAAGGGCUGCCUGUUCGAGUAUUGGCUAGAAAUGAAGAGAAGGCAAGGAAAAUGUUGGGGCCGGAUGUGGACUUGAUUAUAGGAGAUGUUACAAAGGGAGAUACGCUUGAUCCUAAGUACUUCAAAGGGAUCAAGAAAGUAAUCAAUGCAGUUUCAGUCAUUGUAGGGCCAAAGGAAGGUGAUACACCGGACAGGCAGAAGUAUUCUCAAGGCAUCAAGUUUUUUGAACCCGAGAUCAAAGGACCUUCCCCUGAAAUGGUAGAGUACCUUGGUAUGCAAAACUUGCUUAGUGCUAUAAAGAAUAGUGUUGGACUGAGCGAAGGGAAACUGCUUUUUGGGUUCAAAGGCAAUUUAUCGGGAAAGUUUGUGUGGGGAGCACUUGAUGAUGUAGUAAUGGGCGGUGUUAGUGAAAGUGCAUUCCAAAUCCAACCAACAGGAAGUGAAACUGGUGAAGCAACUGGAUUAUUCAAAGGUACUGUGUCCACUUCAAAUAACGGUGGCUUCACUAGUAUAAGGACAAAGAAUUUUACUGUGCCUGAGGACCUCUCAGCAUACGAUGGUGUUGAACUAAGAGUUAAGGGUGAUGGCCGGAGGUACAAACUUAUCAUACGAACUAGCUACGAAUGGGAUACUAUUGGCUAUACUGCAAGCUUUGACACUACAAAGGGAAAAUGGCAAAGUGUUAAAAUACCUUUCUCUUCACUGAUACCGGUAUUUCGUGCCCGUACUAAACUUGAUGCGCCACCCUUUGAUGCAAGCAACAUCACUGCAAUACAGCUCAUGUUCAGCAAAUUUGAAUAUGAUGGAAAGCUCAACCCAACAUUUGCGGAAGGUCAAUUCGAGCUUCCUUUUUCAAGUAUUAAAGCAUACUUAAAUGAGCCAAUUACUCCAAGGUUCGUUCAUGUGAGCUCUGCCGGAGUUACAAGACCUGAAAGACCAGGGCUGGAUUUAAGCAAGCAACCUCCUGCUGUCCGCAUGAACAAAGAGCUUGGCUCCAUUCUAACAUACAAGCUGAAGGGAGAGGAUUUAAUUCGGGAAAGUGGUGUUCCCUACACUAUCGUACGGCCAUGUGCUCUGACUGAAGAACCAGCUGGAGCUGACCUCAUAUUUGAACAGGGGGAUAAUAUCACUGGAAAGAUAUCACGGGAAGAAGUUGCACUCAUUUGCGUCGCAGCUCUAGAAAGCCCAAGUGCAGCCGGCAAGACUUUUGAGGUCAAGAGCACUGUUCCAUUCAGUGAACCGUUUGUGAUUGAUCCUUCAAACCCUCCUCCCGAGAAGGACUACGAAGUGUACUUCAAAGAUCUGAAAGACGGCAUCACGGGUAAAGAGGCGCUUGAAGGAACGCCUGCUCCAGUCUGAAGAUUAUGUCGAAUGCAGAAUGCCCUCUGCUUCAGAAAUCCUGACAGGUAUGACAGUGUAAUAUAAGAGGGGUGCUUGUAUGCAGAAGUGCAGUGCUGGAUGAAACACUGGCGACUAUAUUCUCUCAGUUUGCAUUAUAUUUGGUGCUCAGUAUAUACAAACGAAAAGAAGUUGCGUGAAAGUGCAGAGGACUUGUGAAGGUAGAUCUAGGUUAUGGAAUUGCCAUAGAGCAGAUUUCUGGUAUUUGCGCUGAAUUCUGUUUCUAGAAGAUGUUUCGCUGAAGCUUGUAAUGUAGGUGAUGUGUCUAGGUAGACCAUCUUUCGCAAUGUGAAAUGUGAAUCAUCAGUACAUAGAAUGGAGGUUUCCAACUUCUGCCCUUCA